CAAAAUGGCGGACGGAGGAGCAGCGAGUCAAGAUGAGAGUUCAGGACCAGAUGCUAAAGUGAAUAAUCAGUCAGAAACUACUAAAUGUGCAAUGGAAAGUGGUGACGGGAACACCGGAAUCCAAACCAAUGGGUUGGACUUUCAGAGACAGACGGUGCCAACCACAAGUGCAAUCACAAAUGCACAUGCACAAGCCCUCCUCCAACAGGCUGCAGCACAUUUAAAUACCCACUUUCUCACUUCCUUUUUAAUUCAAAUUCCUCGCCCUGCUCAGAGACUAAAGACUCAUUCUCAGAGAGCCGCUCAGUUGACCCUGACCCCAGCGCAUCAGCAACUGUUGAUCCAGCAGGCCCAAGCCCAACUUCUGGCCGCAGCCGUGCAGCAUUCAGCCAGCCAGCAGAACAGCACCACUGGGGCCAGCAUCUCGGCCUCCGCAGCCACACCCAUUACCCAGCUGCCCCUGUCACAGCCCAUCCAGAUCGCCUCCCAGCUGCAGCCGCAGAAUCUAAGCCUGCCCCAGUUUGUUCUGGUGCAGCCCGGCCACCCGAUCGCCACGCAACUGCAGCCCACUCAGUUCAUCAUCUCACAGACACCGCAGGCCCAACAGGGCAUAUUGCAAGCCCAGGGUCUUCUAACUCAACUACCUCAAAGCCAAGCUAACCUCCUGCCGACUCAACCAAGCAUCACCCUUGCACCUCAGCCUGCCACUCCAACCCGCACAACAGCAGCCACACCCAUUCAGCCCCUGCCCCACAGUCAGACACCACCCAAACGGUUGGAUACCCCCACUAUGGAGGAGCCUAGUGAUCUGGAGGAACUGGAACAGUUUGCCAAGACCUUCAAACAGAGGCGUAUCAAACUUGGCUUCACACAGGGGGACGUUGGCCUGGCCAUGGGGAAACUGUAUGGAAACGACUUCAGCCAAACUACCAUCUCUCGCUUUGAGGCCUUGAAUCUGAGCUUUAAGAACAUGUGCAAACUCAAGCCAUUGCUGGAGAAGUGGCUCAACGAUGCAGUUUGUGCAGAGAACCUGACAUCUGACCAGGCCCUGUCCAGCCCCAGUGCCCUGGGCUCCCCGGGCAUGGGCAUAGAGGGGAUCAACCGCAGACGGAAGAAGAGGACCAGUAUUGAGACCAACAUCCGAGUGGCCUUAGAAAAGAGCUUUCUGGAGCAGAACCAAAAACCUACCUCUGAAGAGAUCACCAUGAUCGCUGACCAGCUCAACAUGGAGAAGGAGGUGAUUCGGGUCUGGUUCUGCAAUCGCCGGCAGAAGGAGAAGAGGAUUAACCCCCCCAGCAGCGGCAACAGCGGAGGAGGCAACACCCCUAUCAAAACCAUCUUUACCCCCAGUAGCCCUUUGGUGGCCAGCACAGCGAGCCUUGUGAGCAGCCCGACUAUAAACACACCCACCACUCUGACUGUAAACCCAGUGAUGCCUCCCACCAGCACCAGCGUCUCCAGUUUGUCUUUCACAGGCACGACAGUUGGAGCCACAAACACUGCAUCUGUCAUCUCUGCUGCACCUUUGAUUACCACAGCCAGCUCUCCAUCUUUAAGCCCGUCGCCUAUUCAGUCCACGACCACAGAGAGCAAAGUCGGCACUCAAGCGCAAACCAUCGUAACCCAGGCCCCCUCAUCCAUAGCCACCACUUUAGGGACGGGCCAGGUGAUGGUGGCCUCUCCAGGGCUGUCUGCAGCGCUGCAGGGUGCCCAGUUACCCACCAGUGCCAGCUUUGCUGCUAUGGCUGCUGCUGCUGGGCUCAACCCGGGACUGAUGGCCUCCUCCCAGUUCGCUCCGGGGGGUGCCCUGGCCCUCAGUCUGACUCCUGGUGGCCUUGGCAGUGCGCUGAGUCCUGCCCUCAUGAGCAACAGCACCUUAGCUACCAUCCAAGCUCUGGCAUCGGGUGGCACGAUCCCCAUCACAUCUCUGGAUGGCAGCAACCUGCUGUUCGCCAACACCUCCGCCGGUAGCACGCCCAACCUGGUGCCAACGUCGCUCUUCCUGAACCCCCCGAACCUGUCGCUGCUCAACCCCGUCAGCCUGGUGUCGGCCGGGACGGGCGGGCUGCAGGUCACCGCUGAUCAUCAUCAGGCCGCCUCGGCUGCUGUGCCUGUGCAAGCCUCGACCAUUACCACUGCCUCCAAGGCUCAGUGAAGCCAGUCGGGCUGCGUCCUGAAUGAACGCCCUAUUCCUUACGUCGUGCACUACUCCUUUCACACCAUGUAGGGAAUAGACGGCGUUAGAUUUUAGGCUCUGCGCUUCACUAACCACCCCACAUUCUUUCCAUUGUAUCUAUCAUUAUUUAAUCCUUUUGCUGCCACCAAAAAGAAAACAACCUCAAAUGAGGUUGAGGUUGACCUUUAUUUUUUAGUUUGUUUCCUGUCUUUUCCUUUAUGAUUCUUGGAUGUUUUUUUCCCCACAAACAGUAGCCAGAUGGACACUGUUUUUGGCCUGCCGCUCCUCAUGAACCUUGAAAAGUGUCCAGGAAGACAAAAGUCCUCGGCACCAUCAAGCUGUUCACAUUUUGUAUAUAUCUAUAUAUAUAUAUAUAUCCUUCUAUUUCCAGGUCAGAAUUUUCUCUGAAAUACUUCUAACCAAAAAAACUUUAGGAUUUUGCUCUUUUAACAUUCAAACUGAUUUACUACUAAUUUCACAAUAAUCAUCAUCACUAAUGGGGAUUUGUGUGUCACCCCAUCUUUAAUUAUCUCUUUCGGGUUUUUUGGACAGGCCUUGACGUAAAUCAUAUCAAAGUUAUAUUGUAGAGACUUUUUUUUUUCUUUAUCUUUGCUGUUUGUUUUUUUGACAUUUUCAGAACUUUGUAAGUCUAAUAUUAAGUUAAGAUUCAACUAUCACUUUUUAAUCGUGGUUAUAAGGCUUUAAAAACAAGUAAUAAGUGGCCGAUAUAAAGGUUAUCAUUGCUUUAAGGGUCAGAGAGCCGCGUCUCUCUGAGUCUCUCUUUCUGGAAACACUGAGUUUUACAUUUUGCUGCGGCGGCACAGUCGCCCCUGAGCUUUUGUAAAACGACGGUCUGGAUGCGGAUAAUAGACACUGAUAGAAAAUGACUGAAGACAUUGCGUUUAGAGCUUUAUAAAGAGUUGCGGGCAUGCAGUCCCGUGUCUGACUGAGGGCGGUUUGUUUUGGGUGGUGGUCCAUUGGAAAACUGUACAUUAUGUUUGGAUUCAGAGGUAGAAAAAAUAGACGUCUGCAUGUGUUGUCUACAGCUCAGGCAGGUGCUGAGAGUUCAGUAACUGCAUGAUCCACAAGGCUCUGCGGCUGACUGGUCUGUUUUGGGGAGGACUAGUCAAAGGGCGUGGUCGUCAUACCAAAUGUAUGACGGCGUUGGCUAGAUGGGGUUAUUGUAUUGUGUUUUCUUUUACUUUUUUUUUUAAUAGUAGUACCGUCGUAUCUACUUGUGCACAGUAUCUGUACCAAAAAACUGGAUUGAUGAGCUGCAGUCUGCCUGUUUUGGGAGGAAUGAAAUUCUGUCUUUAUUUUUUUUUUGUCUGCAGUCGUUCGACUGGCUUGCGUACUUUAAGAUAUACCAAAAAUAUUUGUUAAAAUAAUUGCUGUGUGUAGUCGGUGUAGCUUAGUCUAGUCAAUAUAUUUAUGAGUACAGAAUCUCUCUUCAUUGUCAACAGAAUAUAGAAAUGCAAUAUUUUGAUGAUCAUUUUCCAAAGAUGACCUUUUCCUUUUUUGAUUUGACAAAGUGUCUCAUGCUCGACUUUUUAAUUGGCAGCACAACUGACCAAAAAGAGCGGGACUGGCGGGUUGAGGCACGAGAAAGUAGUUUCCUUUUACUUGUUUUAAAUUGAUCACCGGGGCCUCGCCCCUGACGCCUGAUCCUGGUUUUCGUUCAGCCAUGUGAUGGCUUGUUUUCUGUUUUGGCCGUUUUGGUAGCAGUUUUUUACUUUUCUGAAGCAUAAUGGAAAGGUUCUGUUUUUUGGUUUUCUACUAAUAUUCAGCCAUAAAACAACAGCUUGAACCAAAGUGGUUUUCCUCAGUAGUUGCUGUGCCUGUCCGAGCACGCCGUUCACACGAUCUAUACUCGCCACUCUGCUGACAAAUGAUUUUCUCCCACCUUGGUCAUUACCGGAAAUUUCUGAUUUGGUGCUGCUGGAUGAGGAUCACAGAAACUUUUAGCUUUAACAACCUGCUGCUGAAACUCCCGGUGGAGUUGAGCUGUUGAGAGGCCUGCAUGCUUUCCUAUAGCUUUAUGACUGCACCCUGUGAAAAUCAGGUUCUGUGGUUUCGACCCUCCCGUCAGGAGGGCUCACUUUUGUAAAUGCAUAGAUCGGAUCAUUAGAUAACACACUCCUCUCAGCGCCGACAUUUUAAACCAGCAUGCUUUGAAACAAAUGUGCUGCUGCUCCCGAAAAUCUGACAAGUUUAAAAAACCUGCCAAAUUAUCUGUCACGUGCUACACAUUCAACGAAACCCCACAUCAAAAGUAGCGUUGCAGUGCUGCUUCCAAACAACAAAAUGAACAGUGACGAUUGAAUCACUGAGACUGUAAGCAGUGAAAUCUGUCCAUGUUAUCCUCUUGUGUACUUCUUUUCUGUCGUUGAAUUAUUUUGACUGAAUAUACCUCAGCAGCACUUAAACAUAAGGUUCACCUUUAGGCAUUUCUGUGUAUAAAACAGUGUAGAAUGUAUAAGUACUGUCUGGCUCGCCAUUCAAAGUUUAUACUGAUACAUAGGAACCACACAUAAAAAGGACAACCUACUACUGCUAUUUUCUAGUACUACUAUCUAUGGGGUAUUUCCAGGUUUAAAUAUUAUUUUGAAAUCCUUCUUGCCAAAGUAAAAGCCUUUCUCUUUGCAGCUAUCGGCGGGUGUCUGGCUGCUCACGUUGCUGGUUUCCCCGUCUUUCAGGCCGCAGCGGGCCUCGAGGACUCAGUCCUGUUCCAGUGCUGUUUGUAGUUACUAAAGAGUCGAACUAGCAAGAUGAACCGUCGGCACCAUAGGAUGUUACUGAAAUAUUUAUCUGAGGAAAGAAUUAGAGAAAUAAACUUUUCUUAAUUCUAUACAUAUAAAUAUAUAUAUAAACACGUGUAAGAUAUUCAUAUUUUAUAUUUGAACCAGUAUGUUAUCAAGACUGAAUGUAGUGUUUAUCAUGCUUACUCGGAAAAAAAAAACUCCCCUAAAUCUUCCUUUUUAUUAUCGGAAAUGUUUUUUUUUUUUUUUUAACUGACAAGACCAAAAAAUAAGAGAUGAAAUCUGAGACCACGCCUCGGUCCUGCGUGAGUCGCUGACACCCGCGUCUGUCGUGUGAGGUCUUUUCAACAGGAAGUGUUUGUUCAGGCGCUCCUGACUCUGAAGCAUCUGAUCUUAAUCUUUUUUAAUAUUUUUUUUUUCUUUGGGUUUGAGUCAUUGUGGACUUGAUUUGUUGUGCUGUCUUUAACAAUCAUUUGAUUUUUUUUUAAUAUUACUUUAUGCCUUUAAUUGUUUUGUAUAGUGUGAGAGGGCAAGAUCACUGGCUUUCUUAGUUUGACAAAGAAGAUUAACAUUAUCAUUUAUGCCUUAUUGUUACGUAGAAGACAUGAGCAUUGUAGCAUUGUCGUGUGUCUGUGAGUGUGUGUGUGCGUUUGGGAGAGCGUGAGCUCACCUGGUGCAUUGUUUUCACUGAAAAAAAACAGUGUACUCUGGGCAUUUUGGAGCAUGGGAUGAUUAUGUUGCUACCUAUGUUUUUUAGGUGUGACUCAGACAGGUGGAUACCUGUGAGAAAAGCUUUACUAAUAAUUCCAGCAGGUGGAUGUGUGUGUGUGUGUGUGUGUGUGUGUGUGUGUGUGUGAGUGUCUUAUAAAGAGAGAAUAGGGAGGGCAGUCUGCAAACCAUUAUGGUGCAUUUUUUUCCAUCUUCCAGCGAGUGUUUGAGUGAUUUUUUUAAAAAUGGUGAGACAUGAGAGUAUUUAUUUUUGUGUUUGUCCAAAGGGGAGUCUCAACUGAUUAACCAAAGCGUAGAGGGAUAAUUUGGAUUUUUUUAAGUGGGGAUGUAUGAGGUUCUUAUCUAUAUUCUGUGUAUUACAUACAGUAGAUGUUGGUUGGCACACCUCUAGUUUGGAGAAGCAGGCUGGGCUACCGCCACAGAAGCUAAGCAAUGUAAUGCAGUGGACAAGGGCAACAACACAAUUUAUUUUUGUCACCUAAGAAAAAAAAAGAAGAUCAAUUUCAGUGUACACUACAUUGAGAGUAUUUUCAGCACUAUACCUUGCUGUCAGACAGCCCUUUCCACUGUUCUACCUUGAACUACCUGCUAAUGCCAACGGCGGCUUUUUAAAUCUCCUGCAGAGUGGUCACCAAAAUAACAGGCAGUAAAGAUGUAGCUAGCCUGUGUUAAUGUGUAACUUUGGUGAAUAUUAAACAACCCUUUUAAAUGCAAAAGACACAAAAUGACACAAUCUAAUCGAGGGAGCUGCAGACCAGCAGUUCCCAUGUUCAGCGAGCUAAAAUUUCUUUUUCUCAAUGGAGUCUGACUUUAAAGACAACUAUAUAACAACUUCAAUUUGUUGGAAAUCACUCUGACAUUCAGAUAAAGCAGUGGAAAUAUUCUUAAUACAGCAUACAAUUAAACUGUUAUUGGUUUUUUUCAGGUGGGACUUCUUUUAGGUGGCAAAAAUGCUUUUUGUAGCGGCCCCCAUCCACAUCAAUACAUUGCUUAGCUUUCAUAUCUGACACAAGCCUGCUUCUCCAAACUGGGGGCGUGCUGACUGACAUCUACUGUAAUACACUGACGAUGGACCUCAUACAACCCCGCUUAAAAAAAAUCUGAACUAUCCCUUUAAAGCAAGCCAGUUUAUGGUUUGUAAAGCAAAAACUGCAGUUUGUGAUAAUAGUACGACUGUUUAUCUCUAAUAACUGUAAUAAUUGACACUGUCGACCUUUUAGCCACUGGCUUUGCUUUAACGCUUUAGUUUCUCUGUGUGAUCCUGAGAUUUUUUUCAAGAUGCUCUCGUGGAUCCGCCAUGCAUCGAGUUGUAGUUUUGUCGACCCACCACACUGGUUUGCUGGUUUUUUAACGCUGACAAAAGGAAGUGUGGAGCACCAGUUAAGGCAGAAGGAGCUGUUGUAUACCUCAUUUCUAACUCAAGACUGAGUGAAACCUGCUUUAAUCUACUUAUAAGAUAAAAAAUAUUUUAAAAAAUCACAAAAAAAAAGAUGAAAAUACACAAACGUGUCAGUGGAGAAGCCCGUUCAUACCUGUACUUUGUGAAGGGUUGUGGAAAAUGCCACCACGAGAGGGAGACAGAAUACAUACCAGUGCUCAUGAAUGUCUGCUGUUUUUUUUUCUUUUCUUUUUUCACAAUUUGGUGUUUUUAUGCUGCACACUGGUGGAAAUAAUUUGUUGUAACUUUUGAGAUUUAAGUUCAGUGUAUCCCCUUACUGUCAGUUGCUUUUUGUUAUAAUUCUAGACUACAUGUUUGAACACUUUAAGUUUGACAAUCCUAUCUUGAUUUUGUUUUUAUUCUCACAAGUGCAGGUAUGUGCGUGUCUUCCCACGUGACGGUGCGCUGUCGCAGCCCGCUCUCGCUUUCCUGUGGUACCAACAUUAACCAAAGACUUCUAACCUGAUUGUAUACGAACGACACCCGUCUCUCAGCCCAUCCCCGCCUCACUGCUCAGCAUCAAAUCCCGGGCUGCACGCUCUCACCCGAGCUCCCUUCUCCAAUUCAUCUGGUUUAUUUUGCUUUUUUAUUGCAUGCGAAUGUGUAUCCGCCCCGGACAACACUCCGGCGUCCUGUCGGCGCGGCGGUUUCAGUGCCUGUGGGCGGGGAUCGGAGAGGAGAGGGAGGGGGUCGACCGGGAGCUGAGCGGGCUUCUCCGACAGACACGAACCGAUCUGGUGGUAGCUGGGUGAUGUUUGUUAAUACACACUGAGGGUUAAUCCUGUGCACACUGUACAUGCUCAGGACUCUGUAUGUUUUGUCUGUCUUGAGCGCUGUUGCUAGGAUGCCCCCCCCCCCCCCACCCCCCUCCUCCUCCACUUUCUCUCUCUUUCUCAAGGACUGUGGUGAAAAUGCUGUUCCUGCCUCUCACAGUGUGUCUGUUUCUUCCUCCUCAUCUGUACACUGUAUAGUCCCAGGACAUUUUACCCUGUUGUCUCCAGGAAAUACACAUCCUGCGGUCGCUAAAACCUUCACUGCUGUGCCCUCUUCUCCUCUUCCUCCCCUUCUUCCGCUUUCUCCUUUCGACAUCGUCUCUUCACUACAGACUCUGAUCAGCUGUGACACUAUGCAUCAUGGUCCGUCACUCUGCAUGGACUGUGUCCCUCCGGCUCAGACCUCUAGCCGACGGGCUUCAGUGACACUUUGUUUAAUGCUUUACUCCAAGCGAGGUUGUAGGACCUCGCAAGCGCUAUCCCAAAGCAAAAAUCCAAAUAUUUAACUUUUGACAAACGCAGAUACCAAAGAUAUCUCUCUGUCCUGUGUCUUUUCUCUGUUUUUUCUCUCCCCUCCACCCUGCAGCAUGUGUAUUAAGAGACAAACCCAGCACUGGCUUUAGUCCUAGCCUCAGUAAUUCCAAAGCUUAGAUGUAUAUUUUGGUAUAUUUCUGAGAAAAACUUGCGUGAAAAAAAGCGUCUGUUUCUCGUUUGUUUGUUGUAAUCUCUUUUUUCUGUCACAGCAUGGAACUAAUUGCAGAACUGUCUUACUCUUGGUAGGUUAAAGAUAUAGUAUUUUUGUAUGUUUUUGGGUGUGUCAUGUGUGUGAUUUAUCAGUUCACAGCCCAAGUGACCAUGGCUUUCAAUAAGAGGAAAAAACAAAAAACAAAAAAAAAACAAAACAAAAAAAACAACAACAACCAUGUACAUAUUACGUCUGUGUAUCUCAAGAACUGCAUUCUGUAAAACAUUUACUACUCACCUUGGAAAGCUUGGGCUCAUCUAAAGGAAUGUGUCCGCGAUUUAUUUCCCUUUUUUCUUAUUCUGCAGUCUGAUGAUAAUUGUCUGUCCAGGACUCGUAAUGUAAAGAGUCCUGAUUUCCAUCAUGGACAAUAAAACUGAGGGACACUGCUACGAUCUGACUACAAGGAAAACUUAAAAAAAAAAAAAAAAAAAACCUAAAAAAAAAUGCCUCCAGUCACGGUGGCGUAGAACUGAAAGAUUGUGUAGGAUUUUUAAGUAUGUGAAUCAGGAUACAUAGUAGAUUUUGAUGCAUUUGUCUGCUGUAUUUUUGUUUGUUUUGUUUUUAUACACAUAUAAAGAUAAUCUUUUACUGUAAAUGUACAGUUCUCUUUUGUUGUAAACAUCAUUAAACCAUUUUCCAAGUGUUUUGA